GUAAUUACAAUGUGGUCGUUCGGUGUGUCCACUCUGGAACGAAACUUGAUAUCACAAACUGUGAGGAAGGAUAAAGCAACGACAAGGCCACGGAGACUUGAUAAAACGCCUAUCUACCUCGGAUCGCGGCCUCUGAAGCCAUUCGAUCGGACAUUGCCCCGUGUUCUCAAACCCUCCGUGCGACAAAUCUCGCAGAACCAAUUCAGACGGCCCUUUUUCUUCAUAUCACCACUCGAGAUCUUCGCACACGUCGCAUUUGCAUGGAACCAGUAGCUGGACGACAGACACUGCGUAUGUUAGCGAGCACGGCCCACAGACGUGCUGUGGUCACUUACUUCCAGACCAGAAAUGCACCCGAUCCAUUCCUUGCGAAAGCGACGAGUUCGGAUGUGGGUAAUGUCAGAGGGGGUUUGACCUUGCUUGCAGUGGCCGCAGCAACCCCAGUCCUUCGGCAGGAUGUUCUUCGCGGCAGUCGCUUGAGGAAGGUCGUCGACGACAUCGGUGAUUUGCUCUGCACCAUUCGCUGGGAUGAUUGCCAAGUUUGCAUCCUCUCCGGUCACCCAUUUCCAGAGUCGGCAAAACUGCGCUGAUGCCACCCACCCUGUGAAUUGCACGGUCUUUUGUGGUCGGCCGGGAAUAAUCCAAGUCACGAUUCUAGUUCCUUGUUGGCCAUGGGCCCGGGUUGUUGCUCGUAGGUUGUGGCCGGAGGCGAGCAAAGAACGAGGGACAUUGGUAUGCCUCACAUAUUCGAGAGGCGACUGCUGUUCGAUCGUUAGUGUUUCAAGGGCAGAAGAGAAAUGGACAAACCGAGAGGCCACGCCGAAUUUGCUCAAAGAGCUUUGUGGCCGUUGUGGCAUCCGAGGCUACUCCGAGUCGAAACGAGUACAUCUCCAGAAUCUUGAUGGUCCCUUUUUGGUGCUUUCGGACCUCUAUACGAUAGGUCUCUUGGUAGACGUACACAUCCACCGAGGUGUCAAAAUCCGGAAAGGACACCGUAGCAAUCAACUGGUUAUCGGGACCAACAACUCUCAUCGCCAUGCGCCCCGAAUUGGCUCGAUCGUGCGAAAGCUGAAGGUACCAUUUUUCUGGAGUACCCUCGGCCUCCUUCCUCUUCAGAUCCCGGCUCCAUUGGAUUGCUUCGGGAUGGUCUCGGUAUUGGACGGUGCAGGAAGCCAGGUCAAUGGUCAACCAGGCAGGCUUUGAGGGGAGUUGGAUGGAGCUCAAUCUCUUGCGUCUGGGAGGCAUGCGAGGCUAUCGAAGAGAAGCGUAAAAAAUGGAACAAGACUACUAGGUUACCCUAGAGUCGUCCAGACGUCUGUAAACCAAAGAGGCUGAUGAGGAGAGGCUGGAUGCAAGAACAGAACCGCAAGGUUACCCUUGGGUUGUUCGACUCGUUGUCUGAAGCGUAGCAGAGAAAGCAGAGGCUGAAAACUCCUGGCACGGUCGAGGCUGACACAAUGACAAAAGAAACACUUGCACAAACGAAGGCGGAAUACCUGUCUAACAAGGCGGCAUAGGUUGCCCUGGCGCCUGUCACGACCGGCAAGAGAGACGAGCAGAAGGACGACUUUCUGGGACGGAUUUUAAGACGAAGGGCAGAGAAAAACGCGUGAGAGACUCACUGCGGACAGAAAGAUGAAUAUCAACGAGCAUUCUGGCAGUGUGCGUCAUAGCAGUGCGCGCCCCAUUGGCUGACAGCAUUCCCAAU